AUGGAGCACGAGGCCUUGGAGCCCGAGCAGUUCUGGGAUGAACUCGAAGCCAUAGUAUCCAGACCCUGCGAAUCAGAAGACUCUAUCGACGAUGCCCUGCGAGCGUAUCUAAGCCUGACAGCCGAGCAUAAAGGUGACAACCUCCCUUCGUCAGCGCCCGAUGACGCAGGCCCGCCUACUAGCGUGUUUAUCCGCGACUAUGUGCGCCGGCAGAUUAUCUACGGCCUCUUGCAGGAAGAUGACCCGAAUAUCCUACACAUGAUUGCGUCGUUCUUGCUAUUCGAUGGUCGGCAAAAUGAAGCAGCACUGCAGAUGAUGAAUGAGGAGGGUGUCUUUGCGAGGCUUCUGGAGCUGAUCCAAACCCUCCGAAGAGAUGAAACGGAGGAUAGCGCAGGACUUCAUCGCUUGCUGAUGGACUUACUCUACGAGAUGUCGAGGAUUCAACGAGUUAAGAUCGAGGACUUGGUGCUCGUGGAUGACAAUUUUAUACGCUGUUUAUUCGAUAUUAUUGAGGAUUUGUCCUACGACGUCACCGACCCCUAUCAUUAUCCCGUUAUCCGCGUGCUGCUUGUUUUGAAUGAACAAUUCAUGAUAUCAGCCCACGAUCCCGUUGAUGGACCGUCACCAAACAAACUGACAAACAAGGUCAUCAAGGUCUUGACCAUGUAUGGUGGCUUAUACAAGACUUUCGGCGAGAACAUUAUUCUGCUGAUCAACCGCGAAGCGGAAACAUCACUGCAGCUGCUUACGCUCAAGUUACUCUACUUGAUCUUUACCACCCCUAGUACAUAUGAAUACUUUUUUACCAACGAUCUCCAUGUGCUGGUCGACAUUUUGAUUCGAAACUUGCUCGAUCUUCCCGAGGAAGCCGCAGCACUUCGCCAUACCUAUCUCCGUGUUUUAUACCCACUUUUAGCACACACACAGUUAAAGAACCCUCCACACUACAAGCGCGAAGAGCUCAGGAAGCUACUCAACCUUCUUGUGCGGGGCCAAAUAUCAUAUGGGAAUGAGUCAGAGAGAGAAAAGAUGCUUCAUUUCGAAGAAGUCGAUGAAACCACACGCCGGCUCGUUAGCAGAUGCGCGACAGUGGACUGGUUGCGUGACAUUGAAAGCCCCAGCACUCCUGAUACUCCUACGUUGGAAGUUCCUACAACCAUCGACACCGUACUCGAGGAGACUGCCGAACGAGAUUCGCCUGUCGAGUUUGGAGAACCGCUUGACGCAACAGCUCCUCUCUCUCGAUCGAGUACUAUACCUGAUUCACCCAGCGCCGUUUCGCCGACCCGGAUGGAUUCAUUAGACUCGCGCGCUUCCUCUGAAGCUCCGGAAGCCCGACGAAAGUUGAGUGCAGUAGCGCACUUGGGAAUGAACCUUGAGCCCGCAACUUCGUCAUCUCUCAGCGUCCACGCCGUCGCUGCCCAACAUGAGAAACCAGGAAUCAUUACCCCAAGCCGCAGAGAUGGGCAUAUUGUUCCCGAACUCACAGCACAACCACCGAGCACUCGCCCACCAAAAGUCAAGCCCGAACCACCAAAAGCUCGUCGCUGGCGAGGUCGACGACUCACAGCUGAGGACGGUGACCAAAGUACUAUUCCAGAAGGCAUUGAAGUUAGUUCGGUCUCCGCAACCCAUACACCAACCACCAUAUCCCCAAGUGCCAACCUACCAAGAGAUCGUCGCGACUCCAACCCUACCACCACAGCACACCUCGUUCCCCCAGUCCCCGCGCUACGCCGCUCGGCCUCAAAUCCACCUCCUGCUUUACCGCCACCCAGGCGCUCAAGUCAGAAUACUCCUUCUUCCAGCCACCACCGACCAAUGCCUCCUGCGUCACCAACACCCUCAUUGCCAACGUCAGGGAAGCACGGUGUCAAGCCACUCCCGCCCAAGACGCGUCGCUGGGGCCGUGGCAAGGCACAGCAUGCAGCAACAGACUCGGUCGAAAGCAAAGGUAGUAAUGGUAGUAGUGGGACUCAGAACGAGGCUGAUAUUGUCGCUGAAACGGUCCUGCCAGAGAUCCAGCCGCCGAGCGCUGCUCACGAUUCAAUCUUGGUAGACCCAUUCUCGCCGACUUCGCCCACGUCUCCUACUUUAUUGGCUCCUGGUGAGCAUGAUCAUGACGACGGGAAUGGUAAUGGGGGGCCUGUUAGUGUGGAAGAGGCGCUGAAGAAUGUAUCUAUGCAUUGA